AGGCAGGUGGCCCGAGAGGAGUUCAUCUGCUGCCUCGCGGUUUCAUUUAAGAUCGGGCUGUUUCUACCAUUGACUGGUGGGUAUGUUUAAUUGGCGGCAUCAAACGGAUGCUGUGAGUUAAAAGCGAGCUCCUUUGAGUUUUACUAUUAAUGAGUUGUUUACAGGUGCCGCUGUUUGCAUGUUGCUCACAGAGCGGGGGUCAGAGUUGAGCCUCCUCUGUAUUUACGGCCUACAGCAGUGCUGAUAGGCAGGCUGCGCCUGGACGGGAUGUGCAGCUCACCAGCUGACAAGUGCGUGUCGGACAAAAGCGCAGCAGAGCGGGGCGCGAGCAUCCGCAUCCCAACCGACCGAGUGAGGAUUCUCUUUCUUUGCCGCCUUCCUUGCUUUCUUUUUUCCUGUAAACAUCCUGCACAGCUGCUUGGCGACAGGAAACGCGUAUCUGUGCUAUCUCCUGAGGGGGGUGUACAGCAUUGUUGGAAGUAUUGCUGCUGGCUGAGCCGCUGAUUCGCCGGGAGGACUGGGAAGAUUUCGGAGCAGUUUCUGCUCGGAACUGGCAGCUUUCAGCUUAAACGCUAUCCACGCGCAAGCCUGCUCAUCCGGGACGUGCACGUCGGCUUCUGGCGGCCGAGGUUUUUUAUUUUUCUUUCUUGAACGAAAAGACAAACAAGAAAAGAAAGGUGUCCGAGAAGGAAUGAGUCUUAGCCAAAUCGUGCACACGGGUUAUUGUGAGCGGCUCCUGCGUGCGCGCGGCUCGCUGCUGCCGGAGAGUUGGGACCAAAGCGCAUCGCUGGAAGUUUAGGAGCCUCGGACGGACUCCAAAAGCCUCCCCACAGGUGGAGCAGCUGGACGGCUGAAUGGACUGAAGAAGUGACCGAUAGAGGCUCAGAAGUGGGGAGGAGGGAUUUGGAGAGGAAAUCAGUCACAGGACGAGAUUCACAGCCCUGGAGAGAAAGAAAAAGAGGGGGAGCGGGAAAAGAGUGAAAUAAUCCAGUAUCAAGCGCCUCUGUGGAGUGUCGAGGUGAAGGGGAGGGAGUUGGAUACCCAGCAUGCAGGCAGCAUGGAAAGGGUGAGGGAGCAGCGGCCUUUCUGCUCGCUGUCCAAGAGCCAGAGAGAGCGGGAGAGAGAGUUCGAGAGAGACCAGGAUCGGGAACGGCGCUACACCGCCUCCUCCACUGACCGGGAAGAGGGAGCCUGCCGUGUUCCCACGCAGAAAUCCUACAGUUCCAGCGAGACCCUUCAAGCCUUCGACCAUGACCCCUCCCGGAUGCUGUUUGGAGGCAGAGUCAAGGAGAUGGUGCACAAGGAGCCAGCGGAGUACACCAGACCAGGGCAGACAUUUUCAUUGAGGCAGCUUGGGAUUUGUGAGCCACCACCUCGCAGAGGCUUGGCUCUCUGCCCUGAGACUGGCCUGUCCCACCCACUCAGCAGCUACUCCAGAGGACCGGUCGCCACAGAAAACCAUGAACCUGUAUCACCGGAACGUACCAUGACUCUUUGGGGAACAGGGGCAAAAUCGGGGCAAAAUUCAUGCCUCUCCAGUCGCUCUAACUCAGCGCUCACGCUCACUGACACGGAAAUGGACAAUAAAUCGGACACUGAGAUGGGUGACCAUCUGUCCAGUCAACAGGCCCCGCCUCCACUCCCACCAGCCCCGCCUCCACACAAGCAGCACCCAUCCAUCACCUCGCUGAGCCGCAGCUCGCUGGCCAAUCAAAGGAGCCCGAGUCCACCGCCUACAGCCGGCCUGGCGGCUGACUUGCAGAGUACGGCGGAAUGCGUCCAGCUGCAGGACAGCUGGGUCCUCGGCAGCAAUGUGGCCUUGGAGAGCAGGCACUUUCUUUUUAAAACGGGAACAGGAACAACCCCAUUCUUCGGCGCUGCAGCUCCUGGCUACACCAUGGCAACGGGGACCGUUUACUCCACACCUGCGCGCCCUUUGCCCAGAAAUACCCUGUCUAGAGGGGCUUUCAAGUUCAAGAAGUCACCCAAACAUUGUUCCUGGAAAUGCACUGCCCUGAUUGCUGUGGCUAUAGCGGUAGUGCUCUCCAUCAUCCUGUGCUACUGCGUAGCAAUGCACCUUUUCGGCCUCAAUUGGCAGCUCCAGGAGUUGGAAAACCAACCGGCUUUUGAGAAUGGAGGGAUUGGGAAGACAAGGCCCACUCAGUCGAGCAUAGUGACGGCCCUGGCUGCCGAUGGGAAGACUAGCAUCUUUCAACACGAGAACAACUCCAUUGACACUGGACAGGUUGACAUUGGAAAGAAGGUGGCUCAGAGUGUUCCACCAGGGGUUUUCUGGCGUUCUCAGCUGAACAUGGACCAACCGCGCUUUAUUAAGUUCAACGUCUCGGUACAGAAGAGCGCACUGAUAGGAGUCUAUGGACGAAAGGGUCUUGCACCAUCUCAUACCCAGUACAACUUUGUUGAGCUUCUAGAUGGCAGCCGGCUCAUCGCCAAAGAGCACUGGAUGCAGAGCGAAUCAGACGCAAAGCCCCGGCUAGACCACCCGGUCACCGUCCACCAGGCAGGAUUCAUCCAGUUCCUGGACUCAGGGGUGUGGCACUUUGCUUUUUAUAACGACGGGCGAAGCGUGGAAGUUGUCUCCUACAACACCAUCAUCCAGGAAUCUGUGUCAGAGUGCACACACAACUGCUACGGGAAUGGAGAGUGUGUGGCAGGAUCGUGUCACUGUUUCGCUGGAUUCACAGGAUCUUACUGCUCCAGAGUUGCCUGUCCCGUGCUGUGCAGCAGUAAUGGCGAUUACACCAGGGGGCGAUGUCAGUGCUUUAGUGGCUGGAAGGGCACGGAGUGCGAUGUUCCAGCCUCCCAGUGCAUCGAUCCUCAAUGCGGGGGACAUGGACUCUGUGUGGCGGGAAAUUGUGUGUGCAACACGGGCCACAAAGGAGUCAACUGUGAUCAAGUGGACUGUGUGGACCCGACGUGCUCCGGUCACGGAGCCUGUCAUCAUGGUGAGUGCCACUGUAACCCGGGCUGGGGAGGGAUCAGCUGUGAGAUUCUGAAGAGCACUUGUCCAGACCAGUGCUCCAGUCACGGCACUUUCAACACCGACACAGGAACCUGCGUCUGCGAGGCCAAGUGGACAGGAGCCGACUGCUCUAUAGAGGUGUGUGUGGUGGACUGCGGCCCCCACGGCUCCUGCAUCGGCGGCGUGUGUCACUGCGAGGAAGGCUGGACAGGACCAGAAUGUGAGCAGAGGGACUGUCACCCACGCUGCAUUGACCAUGGAGUCUGUCGAGAGGGCAAGUGUGACUGCCAUCAGGGCUGGACGGGUGAACACUGCACCAUCGCCUUGGAUUCCAGAGUAUCAGGAGCAGUCAAGAUAGGAUAUAAAGACGGCUGCCCCGGGCUGUGCAACAACAACGGGAGGUGCGUCCUGGAUCAGAACGUCUGGCACUGCAUCUGCCAGUCAGGAUGGAGAGGGCUCGGUUGCGACGUCGCGACCGAAACGCUCUGCUCCGACGGCAAGGAUAAUGAGGGAGACGGGCUCACUGACUGCAUGGACCCAGACUGCUGCUCGCAAAUCUCCUGCCAGGGUCAGACCUACUGUCGUGGCUCGGCUGACCCCUCUUCAGCCGUUGGCCAAAGCCAGGGCGCAACCUCGCAGCCCCCGUCUAAGAAUUUUUAUGACCGGGUCAGCUUUUUGAUUGGUCCCAGCGGCAGUCAUGUGAUACCCGGGGAUAAUCCUUUCAACGGCAGCCUGGCAUCAGUCAUCCGGGGUCAGGUUCUAACAGGAGACGGGACACCGCUGAUUGGAGUCAACGUGUCUUUCCCACACUAUCCACAGUACGGCUACACCAUCACCCGGCAGGACGGCAUGUUUGACCUCUUGGUCAAUGGCGGAGCCUCUUUGACGCUGAGUUACGAGCGAGCCCCGUUCCCCACCUUGCAGCGCACAGUGUGGCUGCCCUGGAACGUUUUCCACGUAAUGGACACCGUGUUGAUGAAGCGGGAGGAGAACGACAUCCCCAGCUGUUACCUAACGGGGCUGGUCAGGCCCAACCCCCUCAUCCUUGCCUCACCACUCUCCACUUUGUAUAAAACCUCCCAAGAGGACAGUCCCAUCGUCCCUGAGACACAGGUACUUCAUGAGCAAGUGGCCAUACCAGGCAGCGACCUCAACCUGGUCUACCUGAGCUCCAGGGCAGCUGGCUACAAGCCCAUCCUCAAGGUGCUUCUGACCCAGGACCGUCUCCCCUUUGGCCUGAUGAAAGUGCACCUGAUGGUGGCCGUCAUGGGCCGUCAGUUCCAGAAGUCUUUCCCAGCCUUUCCCGACCUCUCCUACACCUUCAUCUGGGAUAAAACAGACGCCUACAAUCAGAAGGUCUUUGGCCUGGCGGAGGCUGUGGUGUCAGUGGGAUAUGAAUACGAGUCCUGCCUUGAUGUGGUGCUCUGGGAGAAGAGGACGGCGGUGUUACAAGGCUAUGAAUUGGAUGCCUCCAACACGGGAGGGUGGAUGUUAGACAAACACCACACACUGGACAUUCAGAACGGCAUCCUUUACAAAGGGAGUGGAGAGAACCAGUUCAUCUCCCUCCAGCCUCCUGUGAUUUCCACUGUGAUGGGGAACGGGCGGCGCAGGAGCAUUUCCUGUCCCAGCUGCAAUGGACAGGCCCAGGGCAACAAGCUGCUGGCGCCAGUUGCUCUGGCCUGGGGCAUCGACGGGAGUCUCUAUGUCGGAGAUUUCAACUUCAUCCGCCGCAUCUACCCAUCUGGAAAUGUGACAAGUAUCAUGGAGCUGAGAAAUAAAGACUUUAGACACAGCAACAACCCAGCACACCGGUAUUACCUGGUGACUGAUCCAGUCACCGGCCAGCUGUACAUUUCGGACACAAACUCCCGACGGAUCUACCGGCCGAAGGUCCUCAGUGGAACCAAGGACCUGCAGUCGAAUGUGGAAGUGGUCGCGGGGAAUGGUGAACAUUGCCUCCCGUUUGAUGAGAACCACUGUGGUGACGGAGGAAAAGCUCCCGAGGCCUCCCUCACCGGACCCAAAGGCAUUGCCGUGGACAAGAAUGGGCUGAUUUAUUUUGUCGACGGCACCACAAUCAGAAAGGUGGACCAGAACGGCAUCAUCUCCACUUUCCUCGGUUCCAAUGACCUGACAUCAGCUCGCCCUCUGACCUGUGACAGCAGCAUGGACAUCAAUCAGGUGAUUCUGGAGUGGCCUACGGAUCUAUCAGUUAGCCCCAUGGAUAACUCUCUGUACGUACUAGACAACAAUAUUGUCCUCCGCAUCACAGAGAACGGUCAAGUGAGCAUCGCAGCGGGACGGCCCAUCCACUGCCCAUUGGCUGGACUGGAGCGCGGCGUGGCUGGUGGUCAACGAGCGCACUUAACCCCACUAGAGUCUGCUGUUUCCAUUACCAUAUCUUACCAUGGUGCCAUCUACAUAGCAGAGACAGAUGAGAGAAAGAUGAGCAGGAUCCGGAAGGUUUCUGUGGAUGGUGAGAUAGCGCAUUUGGCUGGAGCUCUCUCCGACUGCGACUGCAAGAUUGAUGCCAACUGCGACUGUUACCAGACAGGAGACGGCUAUGCCAAAGAUGCAAGACUGAAUGGUCCGUCUUCAUUAGUGGCAGCUCCAGAUGGAGCUCUCUAUGUGGCAGACCUGGGGAAUAUCCGCAUCCGCGCCAUCUCUAGAAAUGGGCCAGCUUUGACUUCCAGUGGCAGCGUAUAUGAAGUGGCUUCUCCUGACGCCCAAGAACUGUAUGCAUUUGACAUCAAUGGUACCCAUCAGCACACAGCGAGCUUGCUCACUGGUGAUCUAAAGUACACGUUUAGCUACAGCACAGAGAACGACAUCACAGCUGUUACUGACAGCAGUGGCAACACUCUGAGAAUACGGAGAGAUUCAAAUCGCAUGCCUGUGCGUAUCGUUGCCCCUGACAACCAGGUAAUCUGGCUGACAAUGGGCACCAAUGGUGGACUGAAAACUCUCACUGCACAAGGCCAGGAGCUGGUGCUUCUCACAUACCAUGGUAACAAUGGCCUGCUGGCUACAAAGACAUCAGAGAUCGGCUGGACAACUUUCUAUGACUAUGACAGUGAAGGUCGGCUAAUGAAUGUGACGUUCCCCACUGGAAUGGUGAAUAACCUGUACACAGAUAUAUACAGUGCUUUGAUGGUGGACAUUGAAAGCUCCUUGACAGAGGAGGAGAUCAGCAUCACAACGAAUACUUCAACCGUCCAUGCCUUCUACACUCUGUCUCAGGACCAGUGUAGAAGUAGCUACCAAGUGGGCUUUGACAACUCGCUGAGGAUUACCUAUGCCAAUGGGAUGGACACACACUACCAAACAGAACCUCACAUCCUAGCAGGAGCUGCCAACCCGACUGUCGCCAGGCGCAACAUGAGCUUGCCAGGAGAAGUUGGGCAAAAUUUGGUUGAGUGGCGUUUCCGCAAAGAACAAGCCAGAGGGAAAGUUACCGUGUUUGGACGCAAGCUGAGGGUGAAUGGACGGAACAUUCUCUCUGUUGAUUACGAUCGCACCCUGAGGACAGAGAAGAUUUACGAUGACCACAGAAAGUUCCUGUUAAAAAUUAUAUAUGACACCGCAGGCCAUCCGGUCCUGUGGGUGCCCAGCAGUAAGCUACUGCCAGUAAAUGUGAGCCGCACAAGCAGUGGACAAAUCAGUGCCCUGCAGAGAGGUCCCACCACUGAGAGGCUUGAGUAUGAUAACCAAGGUCGCCUGAUUUCCAGGGUGUUUGCAGAUGGGAAGAUAUGGAGUUACACCUACCUUGAGCAGUCUAUGGUCCUCCUGCUCCACAGUCAGCGCCAGUACAUAUUUGAGUUUGACUCCCUCGAACGGCUUUCAGCUGUCACUAUGCCAAGCGUAGCCCGCUACAGCAUGCAGACCAUCCGUUCAGUGGGUUACUACAGAAACCUUUAUCACCCACCGGAGAGCAACGCCUCAGUAGCAGUGGACUACAGUGAAGACGGUCUCCUACUCAGAUUAGCUCACCUUGGAACAGGCCGUAGAGUCCUGUAUAGGUACCGCCGACAGAACAAGCUAUCUGAGAUCCUAUAUGACAGCACAAGGGUCAGCUUCACCUACGAUGAGACAGCAGGUGUGCUUAAGACUGUCAAUUUGCAGAAUGAAGGUUUUAUCUGCUCCAUUCGUUAUCGGCAAGUGGGCCCACUGGUGGACCGUCAGAUUUUUCGCUUCAGUGAAGAUGGCAUGGUCAAUGCACGCUUUGAUUACACCUAUGACAGCAGCCUGCGUGUCACUAGCGUCCAAGGUGUUAUCAAUGAAACACCACUUCCCAUCGACUUAUACCAGUUUGAUGACAUCUCAGGAAAAAUUGAGCAGUUUGGAAAGUUUGGAGUAAUCUACUAUGAUAUAAAUCAGAUCAUAUCUACUGCUGUCAUGACAUACACAAAGCACUUUGAUGCACAUGGACGUAUCAAAGAGAUUCAGUAUGAAAUAUUUCGCUCACUGAUGUACUGGAUUACAUUCCAAUAUGACGAUGUUGGCAGAGUAAUCAAGAGAGAACUCAAGAUCGGCCCCUUCGCCAACACCACUAAGUACAGCUAUGAGUAUGAUGUGGAUGGCCAACUCCAGACAGUAUACUUGAAUGACAAAGUAAUGUGGCGCUACACUUAUGACCUCAAUGGAAAUCUAUACUUGCUGAAUGCUGGAAACAGUGCCAGGCUUCUGCCUCUGCGUUACGACUUGCGAGAUCGCAUCACUCGCCUUGGUGAUAUCCAGUACAGAAUGGAUGAAGAUGGUUUUCUUCGUCAGAGAGGGGCAGAGAUCUUUGAGUACAACUCCAAAGGACUCUUGGUGCGAGUCUACAGCAAGAGCAGUGGCUGGACAAUUCAGUAUCGCUAUGAUGGGCUUGGUCGUAGAGUGUCAACCAAAACCAGCUUGGGCCAGCACCUGCAGUACUUUUAUGCAGACCUGAGCUAUCCAGCAAGAAUAACUCACAUAUACAACCACUCCAGCUCAGAGAUAACCUCCUUCUACUAUGACCUUCAAGGCCAUCUGUUUGCUAUGGAAAUCAGCAGUGGGGAAGAAUUCUACAUUGCUUGUGACAACACUGGCACACCGCUGGCUGUCUUCACAAGCAAUGGCCUUUUGGUCAAACAGCUCCAGUACACUGCAUACGGCGAGAUCUAUUUUGACUCGAACCCAGACUUCCAGCUUGUGCUUGGAUUUCACGGAGGACUGUAUGAUCCUUUGACAAAACUACUGCACUUUGGGGAACAGGAUUAUGACAUAAUGUCUGGCAGGUGGACUAUUCCAGAUAUAUCUGCCUGGAAAAACAUUGCCAAAGAACCAGCUCCUUUUAAUCUAUACAUGUUCAGAAAUAAUAACCCCAUCAGCAAAGUCCAUGAACUAAAAGAAUAUGUCGCAGAUGUGAACAGCUGGCUUGUGACAUUUGGGUUUCAUCUUCACAACACCAUUCCUGGGUAUCCAGUUCCAAAAUUUGAUUUAAGCAUGCCAUCUUAUGAACUAUCAAAGAGUCAGCUCUGGGAUGACCUUCCUUCUAUCUCUGGGGUCCAGCAGGAAGUAACCAGACAAGCACAUUCUCUCUUGUCGUUCGAGCGGCUGCCAGAGGUCCACCUCACCCGAGGUCGAAGAGGUGAAAAGUCUUGGCUCUGGUUCUCGGCUGCUAAGUCUCCGAUUGGAAGAGCUGUUAUGUUUGCCAUCUACAAGGGCAGUGUCCACACUCAUACACUCAACGUGGCGAGUGAGGACUGCAUUAAGGUUGCAACAAUCCUUAACAACGCCUUUUAUCUAGAAGACCUCCAUUUCACCAUCGAAGGACGGGACACACACUACUUUGUCAAGCCAGGCCUUCCCGACUCUGACCUUGCUGCACUGCACCUCACUAGUGGGCACAAGACCCUAGAGAAUGGCGUCAAUGUGACAGUGUCUCAGUCCACUACUGUUAUGGACAGUCGGACUCGCCGUUUUGCAGAUGUGGAGAUUCGUGCUGGUGCUCUGGCUUUUCAUAUCCGCUAUGGCUCCACGGUGGAUGAGGAGAAAGCGCGUGUUGUCGAGCUGGCGCGCCAGCGUGCCCUAGCAGGUGCUUGGGCCCGGGAGCAGCAGAGAGUAAGAGAUGGCGAGGAAGGGGUUCGCCCCUGGACAGAAGGAGAAAAGAGGCAGCUACUCAGUAGUGGAAAGGUCUUGGGGUAUGAUGGAUACUAUGUGCUAACCAUCGAGCAGUACCCGGAGUUAGCAGAUAAUUCUAAUAACAUCCAUUUUCUACGGCAAAGUGAAAUUGGGAAAAGGUAACAAUUUGAGGUGCACUGUCUGCCAAAGAGACUUUGUUUUGGUAGAGAUGUAAAAGUGGACAAAUCUAAAGCAGCUGAAUGCUGCUGAUGUGUGUACAUUGGGUGUUGCUUUGUUUUUUGUAAAAAGAAAAGUGAAUAAAAAGAUAAAAAAGACAAAAAACAAAACAAAAGAAAGGAUAGAAAAAAGGUUAAAAAGCAAUGCUGUGCAUUGUGACUGAAAGACUUGAGAAUAAAUGUACAACUACACUAAGCCUUAACAUGGCAAUUACAGGUCAGUUCCUCUGUAGCACAAGCCUGCUGGACUCUGGACACUUAAGCAGAGGAACAGUUAUGAUUUUGACAAGACACUGGGCUUAUAUAGGUGUUUUAUGUUUGUUUUUAUGUUCUCAUCAAGACAAGCUUGGCUUAAUGGAGUGUUUUGGGAAAAGAGGAAAUGUUUACAUUAUGCAUAUCUGCACUUCUGUGGAAGUAUCAGGCUCAUGGAUUCACACUCCAAGAGCAAGCAGCGUUCUUGAGCAGAUAUUUGUUUUUUAAAUCAGAGACUUCUGAAGUUUGAAAUAUUCUCACCAAACAACCACUAUGUAUACCAGAUUUAGCACUGUAAACAUCAAACCGUCUUAUUCUCUUUGAGAUGCUUUUUUGGGGAAGAAAAGAUGUUUAAAUACCUGAUAGUAAUUGUGGGAAAAAAAAGUGCAGGAAAAGUGUGAUGAACUCGGUUGAAGAUGUGGAGCAGCACAGGUGUGUCUUGGAUAUCACAGGGACACCAUGUUUUGUAAAUUAUCCAAGAGUUUUAUGCAGUUUUUUUGUUUCUUUUUAGGAAACUGAAUAUACGUCUGUACAAGUCAUUAACAGUAAUUUAUGUUGUGUUUAUACAUAAAUAAAGUCAAGCUGGUUUUAAUUUCAA